AUGGCGGUGGCCACCAAAUUCCUGGAAGCCAUCCCAGAUCUGGACAAUGAGGUGCGACAAAACUGCGUGGAAAUGUGCCAGUACUUCCACCUGUCCUCGAAGAAGCUGGCCGUCCGCUUUGAAGAUGAACUGAAACGCAUUUAUUACUCGACGCCAACUUCUUUCUUGGAGCUGAUUCAAACCUUUAAGUCUCUUCUGGGGGAGAAGCGCGAUUCUAUCAGCAGCUUGAAAUCAAAGUACGAGGUUGGCCUGGAGAAGCUGACGACCACCGAGCAAUCGGUGGAAGGAAUGAAGCAGGAGCUGAUAGCACUUCAACCCAAGUUGGUGGAGAAGAACAAAGAGGUUGGAGAGAUGAUGAUCGUGGUGAAUGAGGAAAGUGCCAAGACAGAGAAGGUCAAAGAGGUUGUGGCUGCAGAUGAGGCUGUUGCCAGCAAGGCUGCAGCUGAAGCUGACGGCAUCAAGAAGGAGUGCGAAGAGGCCUUGGCUGAAGCAAUGCCUGCCUUGAACGAAGCGCUGAAGGCCUUAGAUACGCUUUCCAGCAAAGAAAUCGCAGAGGUGAAGGCCAUGAAGAAUCCGGCGGCACCAGUACGACUCGUGCUCUCAGCUGUUUGCGUUCUUCGGAAUGUGAAGCCUGUGAGGGUGAAAGACGAGAGUGGCAAAAUGGUGGAUGACUUCUGGCCAGCUGCUGUAAAGAUGAUCUCUGACAUGGGCUUUCUGCAAUCUUUGCAAACCUUCGAUAAAGACAACAUCCCACCUGCCACCAUCAAAAAGAUCGCGGAGUAUACGGUGAAGGAGGACUUUCAACCAGAUCGAGUCCAGAAGUCUUCGACGGCUGCUUGGGGUCUUUGCAUGUGGGUCCGUGCCAUGGAGACCUACGAUCGGGUGGCCAAGGUUGUAGCGCCAAAGAAAGACAGCCUGGCUGAAGCAGAAGCAGCCUACCAGGGAGUGAUGGGAAAGCUGCAGGAGAAGCGCGCCGAGCUGCAGAAGGUCAUGGAUGAGCUCACCGCCUUGAACGAGAAGCUCUCCUCAUUGAGGCAGGAACAGGAUAACCUGACCAACGAAGUGGACUUGUGCCAGAAGAAGCUCGAGAGAGCCGAGACGUUGAUUACCUCCCUGGGCGGUGAGAAGACUCGCUGGACGCAGAACGCCAUCGACUUGGCGGCCGAUUAUGUGAAUCUCACCGGUGACGUCAUCGUGGCCAGCGGCUUGAUUGCAUACCUGGGUGCCUUCACGCCGGACUUCCGCGAGAGUGCCGUGAGGGAGUGGGCGGGAGAGUCCCGGGAGCGUGCGAUCCCGGGCUCUGAGAAGUUCAGUUUGGAGCACUGUUUGGGUGAGCCAGUGAAGGUCCGUGCCUGGGUCGUGGCUGGCUUGCCCAACGAUUCCUUCAGCAUCGAGAAUGGCAUCAUCAUGGACAAGGUGGCCUUUGUGCAUCGACCCACAAGGGCAGGCGAAUCGGUGGAUCAAGAAGCCGCCCUGCCAUGUCUUUCUCCCGGAAGGAUGGGUCAACCCCUUCAGCUCGUGGUGGCCAAGUUCACUGAUGGAGACUACCUGAAGCGCCUGGAAGGUUGCAUCCAGUUUGGGAACCCCAUGUUGAUCGAGAACGUGCAAGAGGAGACGGAUCCGGCCGUGGAACCAGUGCUGCUCCGGCAGACCUUCAAGAAGGGAAGUGCGCACCGACCUUGGCGGAAGUCGACCAUUGAAUGGUCCAAGAGCUUCAAGUUCUAUUUGACCACCAAGCUGCGGAACCCUCACUACCUGCCGGAGGUAGCUGUCAAGGUCACCUUGCUGAACUUCAUGAUCACGCAGGUUGGACUGCAAGAUCAACUGCUCAACAUUGUAGUUGAAAAGGAGCGUCCGGACCUGGCGGAGGAGAAGGCCCGCCUGGUGGUGGAAGGUGCCGAGAACAAGGAGCAAUUGGAACUCACUGAGAAUAAGAUCCUGGAUGUGCUGAGCUCAUCUCAAGGAAACAUUUUGGAGGAUGAGGCAGCCGUUCAGGUGCUAUCCGCCUCCAAGCAGCUUUCCAACGAAAUCGCCCAGAAGCAGCAGACCGCUGAGACCACGGAGCGUCAGAUUGAUGAAGCGCGACUCCAAUAUGUUCCGGUGGCGUUCCAGACAGCAAUCCUCUUCUUCUGCAUUGCCGACUUGGCCAACAUCGAUCCGAUGUACCAAUACUCCUUGCCCUUCUUUAUCAACCUCUUCAGAGCAGCGAUUUCGAAGUCCGAGAAAACCGACGACAUUGGCAUGCGCAUUUUGAUCCUCAACGACUUCUUCAUGGACAUGCUGUACAAGAACAUUUGUCGCUCGCUCUUUGAGAAGCACAAGCUCCUUUUCUCUUUCUUGCUGACCAUGCGCUUGCGCAUCACCACCGGCAAGGUGUCCAUGUCCGACUACCGCUUCUUGCUGACCGGUGGCACCGCCAUGGAGGAGCCACCCGCCAAGCCAGACGACUGGAUUCCUGACAGAUGCUGGCUGGAGAUUUUCAAGCUCAGCAAGCUGGAUGAGAUCUACACCCCGCUUCCGGAGAGCUUCACGAAUGAGUUGAAGAGAUGGAAGGAGGUCUAUGAUUCCAGCGAUCCCAUGAGGUGCUUGGAGAAUCUCCGAAACGCUCCAGAGGGUGUGAAAGGUCUCACGCAAUUUCAGAAGCUUCUGGUGUUGAGGUGUGUGCGGCCGGAUCGUGUCCUGCCAGCAGUGCUGACUUAUGUGACGGCAGAGAUCGGCGAGAAGUUUGUGACGCCUCCGCCCUUCGACAUUGCUGGAAGUUAUGCAGAUUCUUCCAAUACAUCGCCAUUGAUUUUCAUCCUUUCGCCUGGGUCAGAUCCAUCUUCUGCUCUCUAUAUGUUCGCGACAGACAAGGGGAGGGAGAUCAACAGCCUUUCUCUAGGUCAGGGCCAGGGCCCCAAGGCGGAACGGCUCCUCAGCGAUGCGACCGAGUCGGGCAGCUGGGUCCUGCUGCAAAAUUGUCACCUCUUUGCAUCUUGGAUGCCAAAGUUGGACAAGAUCCUCGAGCAGAUGGACCCGAAGCAGACCAACUCCGAUUUCAGGCUGUGGUUGACGUCCUAUCCAUCUGACAAGUUUCCUGUGUCAAUUCUGCAGAACAGCGUGAAGAUCACCAAUGAGGCACCACAAGGCUUGCGGAUGAACCUGGUCGGCUCCUACCUCAUGGAUCCCAUCAGCAAUGAGGAGUUCUUUGAAGGGUGUAAGAAUCCGCAGGCCUUCAAACGGCUGCUGUUUGCCUUGUGCUUCUUCCACGCGGUCAUUCAGGAGCGUCGGCUUUUCGGCCCGCUGGGGUGGAACAUACCCUACGAGUUCACGCAGAAUGACCUGAGGAUCUCCGCCCGGCAGCUGCAGAUGUUCAUCGAUGAGUCCCCGGAGCAGAUCCAAUUCAAGGCGAUCAACUACUUGGCGGGCGAGUGCAACUACGGAGGGCGGGUGACAGAAGCGCAGGAUCGCCGAUUGUUGAUGACCCUUUUGCUGGACUACUACAAUCCAGAAGUCCUCAAACCAGGCCACAGCCUAUGUGUGGAGCAUCCCGAGUUCACAGUGCCUCCAGCUGCUUCAUUGGAGGACACCUUGGAGAUGAUCCGGCAGACGCCCAUAGUGACACCACCGGGCAUCUAUGGAUUUCAUACCAAUGCAAAUCUGACCCGUGAGCAGAAUGAGACCUACGCGAUGAUGGAGAACUUGCUUCUGACGGUCGGGCAGGCCUCAGGCAGUGGUGGAACUUCCCCCGAAGAGACUGUGGGUGAGGCGGCGACUGACAUCCUGCGGCGGAUGCCAGAGCAGUUUGAUUUGGUCGAAGUCCAAAAGAGGUAUCCCACGAUGUACGAGGAAUCCAUGAAUACUGUGCUGGUACAGGAACUGACCCGCUUCAACAGCCUCACCCGGGUCAUUGGGGCGACCCUGAAGGACAUCCAAAAAGCCAUUCAGGGGUUGCUCUUGAUGAGUCCAGAUCUGGAGCAAGUCUUCCUGUCGAUCUUUAACGGCAAAACGCCUGCUUUGUGGUUGGCCAACAGCUACCCUUCGCUGAAACCACUUGGUGGCUAUACUAACGACUUGAUCGAACGGUUGAAGUUCUUCCAGGCCUGGAUCGACCAUGGGAUUCCGGUCACCUUCUGGCUGAGUGGCAUCUACUUUACUCAGGCAUUUACCACAGGUGCUGCGCAAAACUUUGCCCGCAAGUGGGCCAUUCCCAUUGACACCUUGGUCUUUGACUUCGACAUGCCGCCCGAUCAGCAGCCCAGCAAGAAGCCGGAGAACGGGGUCUACUGCUAUGGGCUUUUCUUGGAGGGCUGCAAGUGGGAUUGGGCACAGUGGGAACUGGCCGAAAGCGACUUGAAAGUGCUUUAUGUCCCUGUGCCCUUGCUGUGGAUCGUGCCCUGCAAGAAGGCGGAGCUGCGCAAGUUCCCAUGGUACGAUUGCCCGCUCUACAAGGUGUCGACCCAGAAGGGCGUGCUCUCGACCACUGGGCACAGUACCAACUUCGUCAUGCCUAUCAAGCUUAGAUCUUCUCAUCCGGAAUCCCAUUGGGUGAAGCGUGGAGUCGCCAUGCUCACGCAACUGGACGCCUGA